UCUCUUUUUUUUUUUCCCACUCUUAUUGAAAAAACCCAGAUUUCAAGUAGGGUUCUUGGCUUACUUUUCAACGUGUAAAGCUUGAACCUCCUUCCAUUUCCAAGAGCUCUCAUUUUGGGGCUUUUGUUUUCUCAAUGGGGAAAAACGUAUUAGCUUUGGGUGUUGCUCUUUGGCUUCUUCUUGGAAGUGUGGAUGUCAGCUCAGCUCCGACUAGUUCUUCACCUGCAAAGAUCCUUAAUGGAGUUUUCUCUAAAUCUUUGUCUGCUUCCAUGAAAUGGUUAUGGUCACUCAAAACUACAACCAAAACAGCAAUUACUGGGCGUUCAAUGGUGAAGUUCGAGAGUGGAUACACUGUGGAGACAGUGUUUGAUGGCAGUAAGCUUGGGAUUGAGCCUCACACUGCUGAGGCUUUGCCUAAUGGGGAGCUUCUGAUUUUGGACUCUGCUAAUAGCAACCUGUAUAGGAUUUCUGCUUCUUUGUCUUUAUAUACUAGACCACGGCUGGUCGCGGGAUCUCCCCAAGGAUACCCCGGACACAUAGAUGGGAAGCCCCGAGAGGCGAGGAUGAAGCAUCCAAAAGGGUUAGCCGUAGAUGACAGAGGGAACAUUUAUAUUGCAGAUACUAUGAACAUGGCAAUAAGGAAGAUAAGUGAUGCAGGUGUUACUACAAUUGCUGGUGGAAGAUUGAGCCGGGGAGGGGGUCAUGUAGAUGGACCAAGUGAAGAUGCAAAGUUUUCUGAUGAUUUUGAUGUGGUCUAUGUCGGAAGCAGUUGCUCCCUUCUCGUUAUAGAUAGAGGAAAUCGAGCAAUCAGAGAGAUUCAACUACACUUCGACGACUGUGCCUAUCAGUACGGAAGUGGUUUUCCUCUCGGAAUCGCUGUACUUAUUGCGGCUGGAUUCUUCGGUUACAUGCUAGCUCUGCUGCAACGUAGAGUAGGCACCAUCAUAUCGUCCCAAAAUGAUUCAGUUGAAGGGAAUGCUGCUGUAUCGACUCCGUAUCAGGAGCCCGUGAAAUCCGUCAGGCCACCUUUAAUUCCAACCGAAGAUGAACACGAGAGGCAAGAAGUUCGGAAACUUGUUCUCAAUGGCGGAGUUUCAGUUCUCGAAAUCAUGGGAGGAGUAUUCCCUGGUUUUAGAAAGAAGUCACUGAUCCCGCUACCGCAACAACCGAUGCAUUCGACACAUUGGCCUGCACAAGAGAGCUACGUGAUACCGGAUGAAGACGAGCCCCCACCGAUUGAUACCCGAGCCCCCACUCCACGGAAGACAUAUCCUUUCAUGUCCAAAGAUGCAGAAAAGAUCCAUCAGUUGUGUCAAAGCCAGGUCUUCCACAGCGGAUGGGAUGCCGAUGUGCAGCAUCAGAAACACCUCCAGCAACAGCAUCGCUAUCAAUCAUCUGCCCCGCGUACUUACUAUGAGCAGAGCCAUGAGAAAACCAACGAGGUCGUUUUCAGGGCAGUUCAAGAGCGAGACAGGAAGCGCGAAGCUAUGCUAAAAACCGCCACCGACGACGGUGGCAACACCUAUGAUCAUCACAAUAUUCGCUUCCGAUCAAAUUCGGGUUUCAGUGAUGGCACGCAGAGAUAAAUUUGGGGUAGAGAAAGUAUUAUUGUAAAUGUUGAGAACUCUAAACUUGUUAGAUUAUUAUAUAAAUUAAUUGAUUUAAAUUCCGGAUUUUGAA